GUCCACGAAGAAGAGCAGCUGCUAGAAAUAGCUGACAGGAGAAGCUAGCUAGCUGAAGCUAACUGAAGCAUUAAACAUCUCUACAGAGUAUUUAGCUCUUAAAACUCUAAUGUAAUGUUUGUGUUUAUAGUCGGCGGACACUAAACCAGUCUGACUAACAUACUGGUUUAACUGGACUUUGUGCUUUUGUUGCCUUUUCACGGCUAGUUGUAGUUAGCCGUUAGCUUAGCUUAGCUUGCUAUAGCUAGCUGGUCACCGUGUUGUUGUUUUUGUUUUCUUCUGUAAAAGUGUUUGUUUCUUUAAUAACACAUGAGUGUGUCUAUGGUUGUGAUCCGUCUGGAACUAGCCGACCAGUCGCCUUCUCCUCAAGGGUUCCAGUAUUCAGCUGCUGAAGACAUGUCAGAGAAGGAGCUGCAGGAGAAAGCUCUGGGUGUAGCCAAACACACUCUGAGUGGAAAGACGGAGCUGGAACGAGUAGCUGUACUGCACCAGCACAUCGGCAGCAGAGCCAUGGGGGACAUGGUUAUAGAGACAUUUGAGCCCAGCCCAGAUAAAGGAGGAGGUGAAGACGUCAGAGGUGAAGACGUCGGAGAUUCAUCAGAGCAGGACGGAGAACCUCAGGCUGCUCAGACUGAAACCAACGGUCUGGAGGGUUCCCAGGACGACAGCGAGUCGCUCGGCGCCACUCCGGACUCCCCCUCCAAGCAGCUGCCGGACCAGAUCUCUUUCUUCAGCGGGAACCCGUCAGUGGAGAUCAUCCAUGGCAUCAUGCACCUCUACAAGACCAACAAAAUGACGUCACUGACUGAGGAUGUGAGACGCAGCGCGAUGGUGUGCAUUCUGACGGUCCCCGCGACCAUGACCAGCCACGACCUCAUGAAGCUUUUGGCACCUUUUAACGAUGUCAUGGAGCACAUGAAGAUCAUACGGGACUCUACCCCGAACCAGUACAUGGUUCUGAUUAAGUUCUGUACACAGGCAGACGCAGACAGUUUCUACACGGCAUGUAACGGCAAUCAGUUCAACUCCAUCGAGGACGCAGUGUGCCAGCUGGUCUAUGUGGAGCGGGCAGAGGUUAUAAAGUCUGAAGAGGGAGCCAGUAUGCCGGUGAUGGAGCUGACCGAGCUGCCAAAGUGCACCGUGUGCCUGGAGAGGAUGGACGAGUCUGUAAACGGCAUCCUCACCACUCUCUGCAACCACAGCUUCCACAGCCAGUGUCUCCAGCGGUGGGAAGAUGCCUCGUGUCCUGUGUGUAGGUACUGUCAAACACCAGAACCAGUGGAAGAGAACAAGUGCUUCGAGUGUGGAGUUCAGGAGAACCUGUGGAUUUGUUUGAUCUGCGGGCACAUCGGUUGUGGUCGCUACGUCAGCCGGCAUGCCUACAAGCACUUUGAGGAAACUCAGCAUACCUACGCUAUGCAGCUCACCAACCACCGAGUCUGGGACUACGCAGGAGAUAACUACGUUCAUCGGCUGGUGGCCAGUAAGACCGACGGGAAGAUGGUGCAGUACGAGUGCGAGGGAGACACCUGCCACGCUGAGAAAAUUGAUGCACUUCAACUCGAGUACUCGUACCUGCUGACGAGUCAACUGGAGUCUCAGAGGAUUUACUGGGAGAAUAAGAUCGUUCAUCUGGAGAAGGAGACGGCCGAGGAGAUAAACAACAUGAAGACUAAAUUUAAGGAGACCCUGGAGCGCUGUGAUAACUUGGAGCGACGGUUCGGAGAAAUGAGCAAAGACAAGCAGGGCAUCGAGAAAAAGUGCAAUCAGCUGACCACUCGAGUGGUGAAGCUGAGCCAGGAGCUGAAGGAGGAGCAGGAGAUGAACCGCUGUCUGAGAGCCAAUCAGAUGCAGCUGCAGGCUCAGCUGGCAGAGGAGGAACGCAAAGCAAAAGAGAGCGGUGAAUGUAAAGACGGGGUAAUAGCAGAGCUGCAGGAGCAGCUGAGAGACGUGAUGUUUUAUCUGGAAGCGCAGCAGCAGAUCGAACACCUGCCUCCGGAGGCUCGCAGUGAAAUCCAGGAGGGACAGAUCAACAUCGCGGCCGGCCCGGCAGACAGCGCCGGGGCCGGCCCGUCCUCUGUCCGAGGCAGGAGAGGCCGCGGCAGGAAGAGGAAGUAGAAUCUCUCUGGAACAUGCUAGAGACUAUCGCCGCCUCUCAGCGGAGACACUUGGCUGAGCUUUGUCGUUUUGUUUCUACAUCGUUGUGGUUUCCCUGAAAGAACUCGGAGGAGGAAAUGAAGACACGUCUGCUCAACUUCUUGAAGAAAGAUGAAAUAGUGAUGAUAUUUACCUGCACAUUUCCCAACUUAACUUAAUGGAGCUUCCACAAGAAGAAGAGUGCAUCAUGUGGGUGGAUGUCUCCGUCAUUAAAGGCAACCACUUGUCGUGCUUUCCAAAUAUGUUUGACAUCAUAUCUCGCUAUUUUCCAAAUCUAAAGAUAUUUAUUAGAUCAAAAUGAUGUUCAUUUCUUCCCACUUUAAUACCAUAAUAGUUCUUUUUAUCAAAGUUUGUUUUCCAUGUGAGACAUUUGUCAAAGAGCAGCUGGUAGAUGAAUGUUUGCUUUGUGUAAGAGAACAUUAUGACAGCUUUUUGUCAUGUUUUGCUAAAAUCCUUUUCGGCUGGACUUUUUUGUCUCUUCAGUAAAAAGCUGGAAUGUUUUUUUCCCCAACAUUUAUUUCUCGAUAGUUUCCUAAAACUAUCCCUGAACACUACUCAGGAUGACGAAGAUAAACAUGAUGAGGGAGAAACCUUGAUUUUUCCACAUUUGCUUUGUUUAGUCGUUGUUGGAAAGUCCCCUGACGGGAAGUCUUUAGGGAGAAGCAGGAAGCAGGUUGACCUCCUCUACCAUCUACAUUUAGGUCAGUGAUUCCCAACCAGGAGUACAAGUACCACAGGAGGUACUACUGCAUUUACCAGGAAGUACCUGAAAGCUUUGUGAAGGAGCUCCGCUAAAUUAUAAAAGUAGAAAUUAUGGUUUGGGGGCGAAUCUUUAGCAUAUUUACGAUCAGCUGUAACACCUGAACAUACCGUACCAAUAGAAAUAUUUAGCCAAGUACUGUACUUCAGUACUAUUUAGUGGUACUUUACUUGAAUAUUUACAUUAUGUGCUGCUGUUUAUACUUCAUUUCAGUGGAAAAUAUAUUGUGCUUUUCA